CCGUCGGUCCGCGAGAAGGAACCAUAGCCGUUAGAUCUGACUGCUAGGGUUUAUAACCCGAGAGGCGCUCCGUCGAUAAAGCCUCCUUCUGUACUCCCCUUCACUGCCGCCAAGAUCGAAUCUCGCAGCGCCGAACCGGAGGAGCGCGAUGGCCUUUGUCAAAACCCUGAAGACUAGGGCUUACUUCAAGCGUUUUCAAGUGAAGUUCAAGAGAAGAAGACAGGGGAAGACUGACUAUCGUGCAAGGAUUCGGCUGAUAAAUCAGGACAAGAAUAAAUAUAACACACCCAAGUAUCGAUUUGUUGUUCGAUUUACCAACAAAGAUAUUACUGCACAAAUAAUAUCUGCAAGUAUUGCUGGUGAUUUGGUCCUUGCAGCAGCUUAUUCCCAUGAACUCCCUCGAUAUGGGCUUGAAGUGGGUCUUACCAAUUAUGCUGCAGCUUAUUGCACUGGGCUUCUCCUUGCUCGCCGUGUCUUGAAGAUGCUUGAAAUGGAUGAGGAAUAUGAGGGAAAUGUGGAGGCUACUGGUGAUGAUUUUUCUGUUGAAUCUGCUGAGAGCAGGAGGCCAUUCCGUGCUCUCCUUGAUGUUGGCCUUGUCAGAACAACGACAGGCAAUCGUGUGUUUGGUGCUCUCAAGGGUGCAUUAGAUGGUGGUCUGGAUAUCCCUCACAGUGAUAAGAGGUUUGCUGGUUUCAAGAAGGAUGAAAAGCAACUUGAUGCAGAGGUUCACAGGAAAUACAUUUUUGGUGGCCAUGUUGCCUCUUACAUGAGGAUGCUGAUGGAGGAUGAGCCAGAGAAGUACCAGACUCAUUUCAUUGAAUAUAUUAAGAGGGGUAUUGAGCCUGAUGACAUGGAAGAGCUAUACAAGAAAGUUCAUGCUGCCAUUCGAGCAGAUCCAACGUUGGUGAAAUCCAGUAAGGAACCUCCAAAGGAGCACAAGAGGUUUAACUUGAAGAAGCUGACAUAUGAUGAGAGGAAAGCCAGACUCAUUGAACGAUUGAAUGCCCUCAACUCAAGUGCCAAAGAUGAUGCUGAGUAUGAUGAUGAUGAUGAUGAUGAUGAGUGAAAGUCCAGAGGGGUUUAGGUUUAAGAUUUUGAUAGCCUGUAUCAGUUCUGGGUUUCUACACUUUAGUGAAAUUGGAAACUUAAAUUUGCUUGGGCAGAAUUUUGUUUAUUGUGUCAAACAGUGUCUUGGAUAUCUUGCUUUUCAAGUUCGAGAGUUCUAAAAUUUUGUUAUGAGGUGUGGUUGGAAAUUUUUGUUCCUCGAGUAUCGUGCUUC